ACACUCCACAUAGAAUCAAAGGAAUCCCGGAUAAAUAUCUGAAAUCGUCAUUCUAUAAUUAGACAUUUAGAUGUGAAAUUCUCUUCCACUUUGUGCAUUGAAAAAUAGAAAUAUUUUCUUUCAUUAACCAUUACCAAGUUUAAUAAUUGACAUGUGACAUAUGAUUUUGAUUUUUGAUCGGUGCUAAUGGGUCAAGUUCAAGCAUAACCCUAUUAACAUUAUAGAUGACAAUGUUAAAUUUAAAUGGAUCAGUUAGCUUAAUGUCAUGCCUUGUAAACUUCAUUUAACAAUUACAAUCAAGGUUUCAGAAACAUUUUAUUUUUACCAAUAUAAAACAAUGAAAAAAAAGGUCACUGUUACUCUUUAUUAUUACUAAAUAAUAUUAAUAAAAGUGUGGUACUUUAUAACAACGGAGCAUGAUCAAGUUCUAUUCUGACAAAUACUGAAUGUUUAGUGCUGAAUAUAUUGCUAAUAAAGAAUUGGCAGAAAAUAUGUGUGCACGACUUCUAGCCUGCCCUUUAUGCUCUCAACCAGGAUUCUUAACACUGGAUGCACUACGAACAGGAUUAAUAAGCGUAGCAACUCGACCUCUUUCAUGUCCAGUAUGUAAUGAAAUAUUACUUGGAAUUGAUAAAUUGACUAUACAUUUAUUCAGUCAUACUAUUAAUGUACAUAGCAAUAAUACAACAGAACCCAUAAAACACCCUAAUACUCUUAUUAGCAAUAAUAAUUCGUCAGUGGUACAUAAUUUACAAAACACAAGUUUUCAUGAUUGGAAUGUAUGCAAAGUACAAGCUGUAGAUGUAAAAUCUUCUAAGAAUGUACAAACUACAGAGGAUGAAAUUUCAAUCCUAAAUUCAGGAGUUUGUAUACAAGAAGAAAAUUUGCCUAUGAAUACCACAUCUCAAGUUGCAUUUCUAUCAAAUUCAAUUUGUAAAGGUGAAGACAUAAAUAUAAUUCACAAGAUGCAUGAGAAUGAUAAAAUCACGCAAAAAAUAAAUAAAGAUUCUCAACAAAUAAUUCAUGAAACAAUGAAUGUAAAUUAUGCUACACAAAAUUAUACCACAAAUAAUAUUAAACAGGUAAACAUGGUACAAAAUCGUAUUCAAAGAGAACAUGAAAAUAUACAAACUUUCAAGCAAUGGACUGGAAAUCAACAUUGCGAACCCAAAACAGAUGAAAAUAUAAGCACACUGAAAAGAUCCAGAGCAGAAAUUAAAGAGGCUUGUAAUACAAAUACAUUUCCAGUUACAAGUACUACAACAAUUUGUGCUAAUGUGCUAGAAAAGUAUAAUAAUGAAAAAAAUGAGCAGGACAAUUCAUCUACCACAUCUGAUGGAAACCAAACUGAAAUUCUAAAGAAUGGAGAAAUAUUAUCACAAUUGAAACAAGUUAAACCAUUGAUUACAAAGGAAAAGACUGAACGUUGCAAUAUAUGUGGCUUUCAUUUUCCUGACUACAAUAUUUUGCUUUUACAUAAACAAUUAGUACAUAUGAUGAAUGAAAAAGAUCUGAAUGUCAUUCCUGAAAGCUUUCUUAAGAGUUAUUCAUGUCAUUUGUGUUCUAAAAUAUUUAAAAUGCGUGGUAGUUUAAUGGUUCAUAUGAGAGUAGCACAUAUGGGAUAUAAUUUAGGUUCUUUAGCUAAAGGUGGACAAGUAGAACUAAUAUUUAAUGAAAAUAAAUAUAACUGUCCAACAUGUGGAAAAACAUUUAAAAAGGAGCAACAUGUAAUACAGCAUUUAAAAACUCAUGAAGCAAAACAAUGGGAAUGUGAUGUAUGUAGCAAAAUGUUUACAACAAAAUAUUUCUUAAAAAAACAUAAACGACUGCAUUCGGGAGAAAUGCCUUACAAAUGUAAUAUAUGUAAUAAGACAUUUACUUUCCAACAAUCAUAUCACAAGCACAGAUUAUAUCAUAAGGAUGAUAAACCUCAUACCUGUACAACCUGCGGCAGGUCAUUUAAAGAACUAUCUACUUUACAUAAUCAUGAAAGAAUUCAUACCGGAGAAAAACCUUUUGCAUGCGAAACUUGUGGAAAGUGCUUCAGACAACGAGUUUCAUAUUUAGUUCAUCGUAGAAUUCACACUGGUGUUAUGCCUUACAAAUGUACAAUAUGUGGCAAAAGUUUCAGAUACAAGGUAAGUCAAAGAACUCAUAAAUGUCCAGCACAAAAUAUGGGAAGUAUGCAACAGACAAACGAUAUUGAUCUACAAUCAGUGCAAUUAUCAAAUGUACAAGCUUUGAGUACUAAUUCGUGUAAGACCCAAAAUGGUCAUACUGAAGAGAGUCAAGCAAUUUUAAAUGUUAUAAAUAAUGAAGAGAAUAAAUAUGUCUUGAUAAUAAACACUCAGGGUCAACAUCUUUUAACAAAAGAAUCAAACAUUGGUAAUACACAAGUAAUACAAGAGAAGGAGCAAAAAUUAGAUGAAUGUACUACAAAUGAUAAAAGUGAAGACACAAAAAGCAUAUGGAAGACUGACAUUCCUGAUAAUUCUAUAUUCAAAGAAUCACAUGAAACAUCUAAAAAAUUAUAUUCUAAAUCUGAAAAACCCCUUCAAGAGGAUACAACUGAUUUCUUUUCAAUGAUAAUAUCGCCGCUUGAGAACGGACUGUCUUCUCCUACAGCUGAAAUGGAACAUUUACGACUAUCAUCACCAGCGCAAAAAGAAGACAGUUUGAAAGUCUAUAGCAGUUUUGGAGGCACAACACAUAAAAUAAAUAUAAAUAAUGCAAGUAUAGAACAAAACUUUAAUAGCGAAGACAAUGUAGCAAAUACUUUACAGACUAUAAAUGAAGAAUCUUUAAAACAACUACUGUAUGGCAUCAAUGAAAAAUAAUUACAAAAAGAAUUACGAACGAUCAAAGAGAAAAUAAACUAUUAGCUUUCAUGGUUUUAAAUAAAUAGAAAUAAUUUCAAAAAAUCAUGUUACCUCAAAUAGUAAUUACAAAUGUUUUCAACAUAUAAAGCGUGUGAUUAUUUAUUUAAAAAAUAAACAGAUCAAGUAUAGUUUGAAUUUGUAAAUAUGACAGAUAAUCGUACCUACUCAACAUUUUGGAUUAACACUUUCGUUUCAAUCUCACGAGCUUUCAUUCUGAUACAAUAUUUAA